GCACGCUACAGCACAAAAACUGUAAAAUUCGAAGUAUUUAUUUGCUUAUUACAUAAAUUUUUAAAAGUGAAAUAACCCUGUUUACACGCUCGAAAUCUUCGUUCAUUGUUUGCUCAAGGAAAGCCUAACAUUCCCGCCGCUCCGCCGGGCCAUGUCCACCCACUACAAUCGCUUCCUGAAGCUGCUGGAACGUUGGCCCGUCGAUCCGAGCAAAGCCGGCCGUGAUUUGGGACAAUAUUUGCGCGACCAGCUGCAGACCAUCCUAGGCAGUUCGAACAUUAUUGCCGUCAACGAGGAACGCCUGCAGCGGCAGCAUCGUGCCCUGGAGAACAUCGCAAACGACGUCCACCGGAAGGCACACCCUAGAGUGUACACCUCGACGGCGACCGGUUUGACGGGCGAGCAGUGUCGUGACAUUCUUUCAUCGGAAUUUCUGGAGUACCUGAAAAAAGAAAAGGAGUAA